AUGUUCAUCACCACCACUUGGUAUACACGCGAAGAGAUUCCCGUUCGGACCGGUAUCUGGUUCUCAGGUAACUCCGUCGGCGGGCUUCUUGCUAGCAUUUUGGCGUACGGGAUCGGCCAUAUCGACCACCCUCUCCAGCCGUGGAUGUGGUUAUUCAUCAUCCUCGGAACUGCCACCUUCCUCUGGGGCUUCGUCAUCCUAGUCUCUUUGCCAGACAGCAUUUCGAAGGCAGCCUUCCUGACCGCUGAGGAGAAAGCGUUCCUGUCAAGACGCGUCGUCAUUGCCGGGACAGGACGCACAGAGGGAACUGUGUGGAAACCCGACCAAGCCGCCGAGUGCUUCCGCGACCCUAAAACAUGGCACCUGCUUGGAAUCGCUGCUCUAACCCAGAUACCCAACGGGGGCAUUCAGAACUUCUCGAAUCUGGUCAUCAAAUCGUUCGGAUUCACAGCCUUGGAAUCUACCCUGGUAAAUAUCCCGGUUAGUAUCAUCAGCGCUGCAACGAUCACCCUUACGGGAUGGCUCGCGGGUCGUUUUCAGGGUCUCAAUUGCAUCCUUAUUGCGUGCGUCCUCGCAGUAUCAGGGCUUGGGAGUACCCUAGUGUAUGCGCGAAUAUACCACGUUCCGCUCGGUGUCCAGCUUCUAGGAUAUUUCCUCCUCGCCACAGGCCCAGGUGCCCUUCCUCUGACCAUGUCUCUAGCCCAGACCAAUUACAAAGGCGUCACCAAAAAGAUGACGAUGACGGGAACGAUGUUUGUCGUAUACUGCGUAGGCAACAUUGCAGGUCCUCACCUAUUCAGCGCUAGCGAAGCACGCCAUGAGACCUCAUUCCGGGCCAUCCUCAUCUGCUAUGCGCUUUCGGCGGCACUCGCGCUUUCCCUAUAUGUGUAUCUGCAGCGGCUCAAUUCCCAGAGGAACCGUGAAGAAGGCACAGUGCGCGCUGGACCAGUUGCGGCUCUCCCUCAACAGCCAGAUAGACCUACGGGCAGGUCCGCAACCAGCACCGAAAUAUCUCCACUCAUCCGCACAUCUCAAGGGCAGGAUGAUUGCGACCUGACCGACUGGAACACAUUUGGGUUUCGCUACCGUCUAUAG